AUGAAUCAUCGCGAAACCAUGCCGAUAUUGAAUGUUAAUGAGAUUGUGUAUAUUAUUUGGCAGUAUUUGAAUUCAAACGGUGAGAGCUUUCGUUUUUUUUCGCGGAAACUUUGAACAAAAAUUAGCAAAAAUAAUCCUCUAAAAAUUUUUUUUCUGAAAUUUGCGAUUCAAAGGUGGAGUCUGAGCAGAAAAUAAGUUAUGCUCAUAUCCACCUCAAGUUUCUCCAAAAAAAUAUUAUCAAAAAAAUAUUCCAAAUUACUAUGAAUAAUUAUAAGUAAUUCAGGUUAUCGAGGAAUCGCAAAACAAUUAUGGAGAACCGCUGACAUGUCUCUAAUUUACAAUAAAAAUGCCAACCUUAUCCCAAACUCCGCGCUACGAACAUUAUUGUCAAGAGCUAUUGAUGGGAUGAAGAGAAAUGAUUUGGAUCGAUUAUCACUUUUUGGCGCGGUCAAACGAAUCCAUCAUGGAUGCCACGAAAAGGAGGGUUAUUAUGUGGAUAAUGGAAAGGAACUGGAUCAACUUAAUUUUGAAGCGGAAGAAAAUUUGGAUGAUAUGGGAAUUGACGAAGAGGAAGAGGGAGACGAAGAAGAAGAGGAAGACGAAGACGAAGAGGAAGACGAAGAACAAGGCUCAGAUAUGGAUGUGGAUGAUGAUGAAAUGGACGGUGAUAUAUUUGUUGUUCAACAAAUGCAUCCACGUGCACAAGAAAAUCCACCAAUACUUCCACCCUCCAAAUUAUCAGUGUAUGAGUUGGAAGCGGUUCGCUGUAAAUUCAAUCCGGUAUCGAAUGUUCUGGCCACAACAUCUUCAAAUGUAGAUGUGACAUUGCAUGAACUUGAAGGGACACAAGCAGUAAAAUCGAUUACUUUGACGCUUACCAGUGGAGCUCAACAGGAUGUAUCGUUGAUGGUUAGUUUAUUUACAUAUAUCAUGCAUCGGAAAAGGAUUGAUUGAUCUAGAAUUUUUGUCAGGCAUCUGAAUUUGCCGAAGAUUUUCAAUCAUUUGCAGUUUUUCACGCUGGAAAAGUUUCUGAUUUCAGUUUUUGGCUGAACGACUCUCUGAAGAGCACAAAAAUGAGUUGCGUUUUUGAGAGCCAUUACUCAUGUUAGAGAAGAUUUGAUCAAAAACGAUUUUCCAAAAAUUCUCAACUUUUGGCUCAUUUUUGUGCUCUUCAGAGAGUCGUUGAGCAGAUUUUAAAAAAUCUACUGUAUUUUCCGGAGAAAAAAACAAAGAUAUAAAAUUUGUCGUCAAAUUGAAAAAAGUAUUUUUAUUUCAGCGAGUCACGUCUUUUAAUUGGAAUAAUUUCGGCACAAGUUUCGUAUCAACAUAUACAAGUGGUGUUUGUAGGGUGUGGUCCUCAACAGGAAACAUCGAGAAAAGGAUCGACGCACACUCAGGCCCAUGUAAUAUCGCGAAGUUCAAUGAGAAUGGUGAAUUGUUAGCCACUGGUGGACAGGAUGGAAAAGUAGUGAUAUGGAAUGCGAAUGGAAGUGUGAAUUCGACUUAUUCGGCUCACAGAGGUUCAAUUGCUGACGUGGUUUGGAUAAGCGAUUAUGAAUUUGCGACUUGCGCUUCCGAUGAAGUCAUCCACAUUUUCCACAUUGGAAAUCUGCAACCGAUUCGAUCGUAUUUUGGACAUAACUCGGCUGUUGUUGCGAUCAAAUUUGACAAAAAUGCAAAUCAGUUGGCCAGUCUCGACGAGAAUAACUGCAUCAAAAUUUGGGCAAAAAAUGCGGAGAAUCCACAGUUCACCAUAAGAAAAGAUCAACCAAUUCUUGCGUUUGGCUGGAACCCAAGGGGACGGUUUAUUGCAUGGUUAGUUUUUUUUUUUAAAUUUUGUUAUGGACCUAGAGAUUUUCCAUAAGAAAUGUACCAGGCCUGUGCCGGAAAUUUUCCGAUUUUCCGGUUUUUUCAAAGAAAAAAAAACUGUACAAAUGAUUUUUUUUCAGCACUGCAAAUCGAGUCGUCGAGUUAUAUGACACGAGAUCGGGGGAGAUCAUUGGAAAAAUGUUGGGACAUCUUUCCAAAGUUAGAUGUCUCGCAUUUUCCCCCAAUGGUUUAUACUUGGCCAGUGGCGACAAUAAUGGAAACAUUCUUGUUUGGGAUCUAACGGUAAGUUGUUUCAAAUAUGUUUCGAAAAACAAUACACUAUUUUUCAGACACUCGAAAUCGUUGUGAAGUAUGGUCAUGGGAAUAAUGGCGGUGUCUCGGAUGUUGACUGGAACACCCAAGGAACGGUUAUCGCGGCCACAACUUCGAAAGGAAAAUUGAUUUUGGGAGAUGUUGAGACAUUUGUGUGA